AUGGUAAAUGUGAUUCAUUUCUACGAAUCGUUUGUCUCUCCGCCCUAUACCAUCUAUAUGGGGCAAGAUAAAUUUACAGAUGAAGAUCUUAUAAAGUAUGGAUGGCCUGAAGAUAUUUGGUUCCAUGUGGACAAGCUCUCAUCUGCCCAUGUAUAUCUAAGAAUGCCACAUGGGGUACAACGAUAGAAAACAUACCAAAAGAGGUCCCUGAUCGACUGUGCCCAGCUGGGUCAAAACAACAGCAUUCAAGGUUGCAAAAGAACAAUGUUAAAUGUUGUCUACACACCAUGGGGCAAUCUGAAAAAAACCGCAGACAUGGAUGUCGGGCAAAUAGGCUUCCAUCGGCAGAAAAAUUGUGGCAUAUAAGUAGUAGAAAAGAAAAUCAACGAAAUCAUCAACAGACUAGAGAAAACAAAAGAGGAGCUGUAUCCUGAUCUUGCUGCGGAUAAGGCGGGAACGUCCGGGGACAGAGAGGAAAGAAACGAGAAGAAGACAGCUCAAUUACAAGAGCAGAAGAAAAAAGGAAGAAGGACGGAACCCAAGAAGAAAAAAGAGACGGAAGAAUUAAGGAAUUAUUCAUCACUCAUGAAGAGUGACAACAUGACCACAAAUGAGGAUGGCUAUGAUUCAGAUGACUUUAUGUGAAGAAAUGGAAUGAAUCUGCGAUUUAAGAAGAACCAACAUCUUCCCCCACAAUAUCUUGUUU